AUGAAGCCCGUCGAGAGACCACAGAGGCAAUGUGGAGGGGCCAAUCGGAGAGCCGACGCUUUCUCACCGCCCCAAAAAAAAGUUGUGAUACGGCACGUUAGAUCAGCGUCUCGACUUUCUUCUUUACUUGCAUUUAUUACAUUAUAUUUUGUGACAAUGCCUCCUGCUUUUUCUAAGAAGCGCAAGGUCCUUGAUGGCCUAAAGGGCGAGACUGGCCGCAAGAAGAAGUUCGUCAAGCAGCGCUUCUAUCACAGCAGCUCAGAGGACGAAGAAGAUGGGAAUUUCAACCCCGUCAGUCUCGAAGACUCGGACGCCGAAGAAGAAGGAGUGUCAGUGGCCAAGCCUUCGGCUCUCGAUCUACGCAUGAAGAAGGCAAAGACACAAAAAGAAGCACCCGCACCGGAACAGGAAAAAUCGGACGCUAGCGACUCAGACUCCAAUGUCGGCGAGGAGAUCGAGCUGGACGACGAAGACCUCGAGAACGACGACGAUGAAAGCGACGUCUCUGGAUCCGACGAAGACGAUCUUUCUGACUCCUCCCCGGCCGACAAAGCCACAGGCGCCAAUCGCGGUCGAGCCGUCCCCAAGCGCAACGACCCUACCGCAUUCUCAACCUCCAUCUCCAAAAUUCUGUCCACAAAGCUUCCUACCUCCGCACGGGCUGAUCCCGUUCUCUCGCGAAGCUCAUAUGCCGCCAAGUUGGUCACCGAGGCUUCAGAUGAGAAGCUCGACAAUGCCGCGCGGGCUAAGAUGCGCGCCGACAAGAAAGAGGAAUUGGAUCGCGGCCGUAUCCGUGAUGUGAUGGGUAUUAAGCGAGGAAUUGCCGGCCCUGUCGCCGAGGAGGAGAAGCGGGUGCGCAAGAUGGCGCAGCGUGGUGUCGUCAAGCUGUUCAAUGCUGUGCGCGCGGCCCAAGUCCGAGGAGAGGAGGCGGCCAAGGAUGAGCGCAAGAAGGGCACAAUUGGUAUGGGAGAGCGGGAGAAGGCUGCCAACGAGGUCAGCAAGCAAGGAUUCCUUGAAUUGAUCAAUGGAAAGAAGGGAAAGCCUUUGAACAUCGAAGAGGCGUGA